GGACGUUUGAGACUGUGUGUAGACGGCAAGUCUAUCUGGAAGAUCUCUGGUCUAUCUUCAGAAUUCGGACUCCUGUCGGGGCUUCAGACUCAUACCUUGACAUUCAGGAUUUCGCUCGGAGUGUCCGACCAGGACAUGUUGUCGGUGGUGCACAAUAUCCUCCAUAAAGGACAGUAGAUAUUUGAUUCUCCUGGGGCCAAGACUAAAGUCUCCAAGUGUUUUCAGUGCCGGAGAAUGGACAACCCGAUCGAGGAGCUCGCAGACGUUGUCCGCUCAGUGACCGAGGUCGAACACACCUCUCAAGUCUUGGCAAACAUAGAUAAAUACUUUACAGAAGACGCCCAAUUACUCUACUUCAACUUGUCCCAAAUUUACUCUCGUAAUGGACGGCAAAACCUCAAGGCGGCAUACCAAGUCUCGAGAGCGUUGGGAUUUGGGAUCAAGAUUGAGAUCCAUGAAGUGAUGGUGAACAAGGAACAAACCGAAGCAACGAUCGACCUUACUCAAUCGGUUCGGGUUCGGUUGCUCCCAAUCGACUCGGUCAACGUUGUGUGCAAUUUUAUCGUUCGACUAGCGCUGCGGAGAAGUGCUGAAGAUAACAAGUAUCGAAUCUAUCGUCAACACGAUAAUUUCCCAACCGAUCUUACCCAAUGUGGACUCCCCCUACCAACCUUCAUCCGAGUCAUAAACGACGUGAUCAAGGCGCUAGUAUGGUUGUUUGUUGUCGCCUGGGGACGGAUAUUCAUGAUGUUUGGAAUCUUUUGAUCCGGGUACUACUGCACUACCGUCUUCUCUCGAUCAAUCUAUUUACCUUGCUUAAAUGCCGUCCGAGACCCGUUGUUGGUUUGAUGAUCCAUCGAUUGGAAGUCCUCUCGUAAACCUCAUCACAUUUUUAUUGGGUUUCUUCUUGUCCCCCAUGGUCUCUCUCUCUUACCUACACUGUCUAUCAAACAAUGGAUCAUUGGGGAUGUAAAGCUACACAGACCAUGAGAAUCAGUAAAUUUGGACUCUGACAAUCCCAUAUUUCUAUCUCAAAUAGCUUCUGUUCAAUCAUUGUCUUGGUCCCUAUAACUUCCCCCAGGCAGAUUUGAUCUAGAUGAAACGGGAUGGGUCAUGAAGCACAUUGGCGAAUUUUAGUCAUCCUUGACAGGUUGUGACCCACACCUGAGAUAGAAAUUAUUCCUCUGAUUUUCGC